AUGGCAGAAAAGUUAUUAGCAAAAAAUUUAUUUUCACUUAAAGGAAAAGUAUCAUUAAUAACAGGUGGAGGUACAGGACUUGGUAAAAUGAUUUCAAAAGCUUUUAUUAUGAAUGGAGCAAAAGUUUAUAUUGCCUCUAGAAAACAAAGAAAUCUUGAAGAAGCCGCUGCUGAAUUGAAUAGUUUAGGAGGAUCAGAAUGUAUUCCAAUAAAAGCUGAUGUUUCAAUAAAGGAAGAAUGUGAAAAAAUAUCCAAUGAGAUUAACAGAAGAGAAAACGGUAAAUUAGAUAUCUUAAUAAAUAAUGCUGGUAUUGCAUUUGGAGCUCCUUUAACAAAAAUUACAGAAGAUAUUUGGGAUAAAUCUCAUAAAUUAAAUGUUGCAAGUGUUUAUCAUAUGACUAUGGCUUGUUUGCCUUUACUUGAGAAAGCAAGUCAUGCACCAGAAGAUCCGUCUAGAGUCAUUGUUAUGGGUAGUAUCUCUGGCUUGAGUGAAGGGGAUCUUAAAGGUAUUGUUGGUAAAUUUUAUAAUAUAUCUUUGGCAUAUAACUGUACAAAAGCUGCGGUACACUCUCUCGCGAUGAAUUUGGCUGUUUAUCUCACUCCACGUGGCGUUAAUGUAAAUGUAAUGGCACCAGGAGUAAUUCUUACACCAAUGACUUCACAUCAAGAUCAAAAACUUAGCAUAUCAGAAGUUCCGCAAGGACGUCUUGGCGAUGAAGCUGAUAUAGCUGGAACAGCACUAUAUCUUGCAUCUCGUGCUGGAGCAUGGUUAACAGGUUCGGUUAUUAAACUAGAUGGCGGAACUAUUUUACGUAAUAAGGAAUUGGCUAAAGACUUUGCUAUCGCUGCCAAAUCUUAA